AUGGCAGCGACACACAAUGAAGAUAUCUACUACUGCGACUGCACCGGCCGCAACGCCGAAAACGAGAAGGUUUACCGGCAAGAGUUCACCUACGCGGAUCUGACAAAGCACCCGGAGAAGAAGGGCAAGGUGAACCCUGAAUGGAAGAAGCGUGGCGGGGAGUGA